AUGGCAGUAACGCAUAUAUUGGUUAUCGGAGCCACUGGUCCAUCGGGCCUGGAAUUCUGCAAAGCCGCACUAGCACAAGGGCAAAAAUUGACCCUUUAUGUGCGGAGCCCAGCUAAGCUUCCUGCUGAGAUAAGCAGGGAUGCAAACGUCUCAGUAGUAGAGGGUACUCUGGAAGAUACGUCUAGUUUCCAGCGUGCGGCAGCCUCUGGUCCCACCGUCUUUGUCUCGUUCGCAGGACCGGUCUCAAAUUCCAAAGGAACUCCCGUGACUGAUGCUAUGAAACACAUCUUCCCUACCCUAGUUGCUAAUAACUACAAACGGGCACUGGUGCUCGGAACAUGUUCAUUUCCCGCACCAGAAGAUAAAGGUGCUCUCAAAUGGAAAUUAUCAAUCAUACUUGUCAAAAUCAUAGGCGGGUCGGCUUAUGAUGAGUUCAAAGGUCUUGGUUCGUUUGUGACAUCCCAGGAUGUCUCGCAGCUUAAGUGGACAUUAUUCAGAGUGCCUUUCCUGACUAAUAGCCCUACUGCACCUGUCACCGCAUCAUAUACAGGAACUGGCAGUGAUGGGAUGUUCUUAUCCAGAGCGAGCUUAGCAGCUUGGGUACUUGACCAGAUACCUGAAGGCUCUGAUUGGGUUGGCAAAGCGCCUGUGCUAUCAAGUUGA